GAGUUCGCAUCUGUGUGUACUUGUGUUGUUUUUUUGCCGAAUGAAAUCAGAUCUUGCAUUUACUUAGAAAAAUAAAUAAUAUUUUAUUAAAUAUGUCCCGCAAAGAAGCCUUGUCGCAGUUUAUCAACCAGAUUCACGGCCGUCCCGUGGCCGUUAAGCUGAACAACGGCGUGGACUACCGAGGGGUUUUGGCCUGUUUGGAUGGCUACAUGAAUAUUUGCCUGGAACAAACGGAGGAGUACGUCAAUGGGCAGCUAAAGAACAAGUACGGCGAUGCCUUCAUCCGGGGCAACAAUGUCCUCUACAUUUCCACGCAGAAACGGAGGGUCUGAAUUCGUAGCGCCUAAGUUUAUUCCGUAAAUACAACACUCUCCACUAAAACGUAAA